AUGCUAGUUUUAGUUAGCCUAGACGUUGCAUCAGUUUCUGGUACACUCUUCUUAACAGAAACCAACUCCUACGGUACCUCCAGACUCGAUCUCCUCCUAUAUAUCAAUCUCACCAUCAAAGACCACAAGACCUUCCCUCUCCCUCUCCUUUUUCUUUACUUUUUCAUCUCCAACUCCAACUUCAACUCCUACGUAUACACUUUCUUCACAAUGUGCAGCCGCGGUCAUUGGAGGCCCUCGGAGGACCAGAAGCUCCGACAACUGGUUGAACAGUACGGACCUCAUAACUGGAACGCCAUAGCUGAAAAGCUCCAAGGCAGAUCAGGAAAAAGUUGUAGGUUAAGAUGGUUCAACCAACUGGAUCCAAAGAUCAACCGAACGCCAUUCACAGAAGAGGAAGAGGAACGGCUUCUAGCUUAUCAUCGUGAAUUUGGAAACGAUGGGCUAACAUCGCCAAGCUUUUCCCGGGUCGAACUGAUAACGCUGUGA